AUGACUGAAGUCGAUGGUAUAAUGCCAGAGGCAACAACACAACCCGUUUCCUCAUCUCUCGGCUUAACUGAGGAACAUUCAGCGCCCACCAGUAGUAGUUACGCCGAUGGAACUACAUCGGCAAUAGUGUCAAAUGAUCGACAGGAAUUGACAAAAGAACAACAUAAUGGAUUAAACAAAGUCAUUAAUAGUAGAGACGUCAACUCGUGCAUUGAGCAAAUGGACGUGGAUGGCCCCGAUACCGAAGAAGAGGAUUCUCAGAUGACAGCGUCAUCAACUACGGAAAAUGGUAUUGGAGUCGAUGGCGGUGGGGGCGAAGAGGGCAAGAUGUCAACAUGUGAAGAGGAUGGAAGCGUAAAUAGAGCAUUUCCUGAAGAGACUAACCGGCUCAAUAAAGAAAUUAAAGCCGACACAUUAGCCACUACAACUACUCCCAUUAUUGCAACUGUAAAAGAAAAUUUAACAAGCAUUUGUAAUGACGAAUUACAGAAUUCUAACACUUGCACGGACAAAUCAGUUGGUGGCGAAAGUGAUGGAGAUGUCGACGACACUCGGCGAUCGCGAAGUACUCCGGUAGAAGCGAGUGAUCCUAAAGACAGCAGUAAUGCUCCGAGCGAAAGCGUAGAAAGACCAGCCACAGUCAGCAGUAACACUGAUAGUGUUAGUGAAGUAGAGGGCGCAGAUACCACCAGCCAAGAUGAGAAGGCAAUUAAUUGCAAAGAACUUCAAGUAAAUGCACCAAAAGCUGUAAACGACGAAAGCAGGAGCGUAAAAGGUCACGAGGCAGUGGAUAUCUCAACGGAUCCACUUUCAAUAAGCAGUGAGUUUAAAUCAAAAUCUGAAAAGAAAGAGAACGGUGUUAAAAAAAAUGAAGCCAGCGGCUUUGUGGACUUAGGAGAUGACUCAGACGACGAAGUGACAAUCCCUAAGGGAACUGCUGCUGAUACUACAGUUAACAUCUCUGGAAGCAAUACAGCGAUAUCGAAGACUGCUUCGGUGCGUAAAACGCAUUCGGUAUGUAGCGACUCUGAUGGCGCCGUAGUUAUAGCUUCAGAUUCAGAUACAGAAGCAAAUAUGUUGCCCGCAAAACUAAAACAAUCUAAUGAAACACAAAUCAUUGACGACGACGAAGAUGAUGAUUGCGUAGUUAUAGAGGAUGAUACACCGGCACCACCACACUCUCAAACGCCAAGUGAUCUGAGCAAGCGCAAGAGUCUUGCAAUUGACUCACCACAGCAUUCGGAUGAUUCGCAGCCACCAAGUAAGCGUCAGCGCAGCGUGGGGCCUGGACCCACUGUCAAUCAAAUAUCCAUCAAAGAUGCACGAUCACUUAUGUCUCAUGAGGCAGCAGCAGCCACUGCAGCUGCUGUUGCCGCUGCCAAAAAGGUAGCUGAGAGUAAUAUAUAUCCUGUGAACAUUACACCAGCGGUUAGUGGUACAGCAUCUGGAGGCCCACCAAAGCUCAUGCCUGUCAUAAAUCCAGUGGGCAUUCCAAUAGCGGGUUCUGGUAUCACCAACCCUACAUCAUUUCCUGGACUUAGCUCUGCAAAUACAGCCAAUUUGCUUCCAGGUUUAACGGACGAUAUGUUUGUUCUAGAAGCACCUUCGUUCAUCGUUCCCUAUAUUUAUGAGAAACCGCCGGUGGACAAUCUCAGGGAUAUUGUUAAAGAUAUCGAAGAAAAAUAUAAAUUGUCAAAAGAAGAUCUGGCUGAGGCUGAUAAACCAGAAGAAUUUGAUAUGAUGACGGAGCAGAACAAAGAGGACAAAGAGGAAAAAAAUGGUAAGAAGAAAAAAAAGAGACGUGGUGCGGACGAUCCCGAUGAAUCAUGGUCAGAGGAAUCAGAUGAAGACGAUGACGAUGACGAAGAUGAAGAUUCAGGAUCAGAUGUACGUACUAAAGUCCUAAUCAAGGAAGUUUCCGACGAUUUGCCGGCACUGAAAGGUGCUAUUAAACCGGCAGCGGCGCUUGUGCAAUCGCCCAGCUCGUCAGCACAAAAUGCCAUUGUGGCCUCGAAACCCGGGCAAGAAAAUUAUUUCGAGAGCCCGCUGGGUAAAUUUUUCAUGGACAUAGGAGUGGGCCUCGUACAAGAGUUUGUUCAAUCGGAUUUAAUACGGUUGCAAAAACGCAAAAUGCGUAAAAGUCUUGGCAAGAACAUUACCGAGUUUGAACGGGCUAUAUCAGCACUAUCUGGCAACUUAGAAGCAUCCCAAAAGAAAAAUUCACCUUUCAAAUUCACCAUGAAACGCUGUGAAUUCUGCAAUUUCAAAUCGGAGUCUGCUCUUGCCAUGGCGAAUCACUACGAAACGCCACAUAUGAAUGGAGCUCUAUACAAGUGUAACUUUUGCGCUUUUGAGAUACGUAACGCCACCGAAAUUGUUUAUCACAUGGAAGCGAUACACAACAUCAAAGCGCGUCUCAUUAAGCCCCUGCCGUAUCAUCAGUGCCCCAACUGUGGAUUUGAGGAUAAUGGUAAAGCUAAAUUGGCGCGCCAUCAACCAGUUUGUGCGAAGAAAUUCCGGCCUGAGAUAAACUUAGCUCCUCCCGCUGAUUGGGAAGCUCCAGCAAAGAUACCACGAAUCAAGCCACGUCAUGGACUUGUGGGUACUGCGACGGCGUAUCAGGCAAUGGCUGCGCAAGCUGCGGCACAAAAGGCAGCACUUGCUUCAAUACAACAACAGCAACAAGCAGCAGCACAGGCUCGCAGCAUGCAAGCGGCUGCGCUAGCUGCCCAAAACGCAGCAAACAAAGUACGCGGUCGGCCACCAGUUAUGACGUCACAAAAAACUGGUCCCUUGCCAGUUGGACCAAUGCUCCGUGGGCCGGCACCGAUAAGAUCCCAAAUGGCUACAAAUGUAGUUCAACCCAACAACUAUCAAGUACCAGGAGGACAACUGUUACAAGCAGCCAAUGCUUUUGCAAAAAAGACGCUUUCCGGUCAACCGAGUAUUUCAAUAACGCCACUACCUCGCCAAAACAAUGCGCAGUCGGUUGUGACAUCACCAUCGACAAGCAAAAUGCCGCCAGCUGGUAUGAAACCUGGCCAGAGUCCUAUCGUUGCUGGUGGAGGUAAUAGCAAAGCACAGUUUGUCAUCUGUGAAAUAUGCGACGGUUACAUUAAGGAUCUGGAGCAACUACGCAACCACAUGCAAUGGAUGCACAAAGUGAAGAUACACCCGAAAAUGAUUUACAACCGGCCGCCAUUGAAUUGUCAAAAAUGCCAAUUCCGAUUCUUCACCGAUCAGGGUCUGGAAAGACAUUUGCUGGGCUCUCAUGGUUUGGUCACAAGCUCGAUGCAGGAAGCCGCAAAUAAGGGAAAGGAUGCUGGCCGAUGUCCAGUUUGUGGCAGGAUGUAUCAAUGGAAAUUAUUGAAUCACGUGUCACGCGACCAUCAUAUGACAUUGAAACCAGCGCAUUUGUCCUACAAAUGUACAGUGUGUACCGCCACUUUCGGCAUGUACAAACAAUUUGAAACACAUGUGUAUACGGCGCACAGCACCGUAGCAAAGAAGGCCAUGGAUGGCAAAAAGAAUAAUACAUCUGCUGCCGUGACAGGAGCUACUGGUAUGCCAAGCGGAAGCGGAAUCGGUAUUGGAAGCGGACUUAAUCAUCAGCAGCGCAGUGGUUUAAUGGCAACGAACGACUCGUUACUAAAGCCGCUGAAAAUAAAUGACGAAAUCACAAUUAUACCACAGCCUGCGUCAAAACCACGUAUCACGAAUAUGGAAAGUCACAUCAUAGAUUAAACCUGCUACAGUUUAUCUAAAGGGCAGUAGAAAAUAUUAAAUAAUAGAAUGUAUGCAGAGAAUAGUGAAAGAAAACCGCGUGGAGGCGUAAGCGCUCAAUAAAUUAGCCGAUCAGGUCGCAUUUUGUACUUUGCUUUGUUUCGACGCUACCAGAAUCCAACCGCACACCUGUUGAAGUACAUACCACACACGUAAGCUGUAACAUACGUACGAAUACCAGCAGCCAAGCUACACUGAAUCCCAACUUAGUUUCGAUGAACAGAAUGCGCAGUCAUCUUCAUUCAACCUAAGAAAUACUAUUUUAGGCGGCAUGUUGAAUGGAUGUCGAGCCCAAAAUAAUUUUAAAAUUACCUAUCGUUUUAAAUAAUUUGUCCAAGGCAAAAACACACUUAAUUUAAAAAGUGUGGUUGCUUCACUAGGGGGUGAUAAAGCAAAUACACAUUGUGUGUUUUUGUGGGAACAUAAUUUUAUUUAUUAAUUCUGUUAGUAUGUAAUGAAAUCUUAAAAAUGUGGAAAACCAGCGGUAAGCACAUUAAUGGCGUGUAAAUUAGUAAAAUAAUGAAAGAUAAAAUAUAAAAGUAUAAGUGAAUACAUAUUAUUAGUUUAUAGAACAAAUACAAAUCACACACCCAAACUCACACUCAGAAUUAAUAUAAAAACUUAUAAUAAAAUCUUAAAUUAAAGUUUUUUUAGAGCCAAAACAAAGUAAUUCAUUUAAAAACCCUUCUUUUCGGAAUGUGUUAUGAGGUUCUUAGGCAAAAUUUAAGACUUGGGUGAGCUAUAGUUAGUGAGAAUAGUUAGUGCGUUUAAGGAAACAUUUUAAGGCUAAUAUGUUUGAAGGGUUCGGUUAACGAGCGCUUUAUUCCUACGCUGCUGGGUAAAAUAAAAUUGCACUUCUUCACUCUGCAAAA